AUGGCAAGCGAACAGUCCUCACCAGAAAUUAAUGCAGAUAAUCUAAACAGUAGUGCAGCUGACGUUCAUGUACAGCCACCCGGAGAGAAAGAAUGGUCAGACGGGUUUUAUGACAAAGAAGUCAUUAAUGGAAAUACGCCAGACGCACCGAAGAGAGGCUUUUUAGGUUACCUUAUUAUCUACUUACUAUGCUAUCCUGUAUCCUUUGGCGGUUUUUUACCUGGUUGGGAUAGUGGUAUUACUGCAGGCUUCAUCAAUAUGGAUAACUUUAAAAUGAAUUUUGGUUCUUACAAGCACAGUACUGGUGAGUAUUAUUUGAGCAACGUGCGUAUGGGUCUUCUCGUGGCCAUGUUCAGUGUAGGAUGUUCCAUUGGCGGUGUUGCUUUUGCGAGACUUGCUGAUACUUUAGGUAGAAGGCUAGCAAUUGUAAUCGUGGUUUUGGUAUAUAUGGUUGGUGCAAUUAUUCAGAUCAGUUCGAAUCACAAAUGGUACCAAUACUUUGUCGGUAAGAUCAUCUACGGUCUUGGUGCUGGUGGCUGUUCGGUGUUGUGUCCAAUGCUUUUAUCUGAAAUAGCCCCCACAGAUUUGAGAGGUGGACUUGUCUCAUUGUACCAACUUAACAUGACCUUCGGUAUUUUCUUGGGUUAUUGUAGCGUUUAUGGAACAAGGAAGUAUAGUAAUACUGCGCAAUGGAGGAUUCCUGUGGGACUAUGCUUUCUGUGGGCUCUAAUUAUCAUCGUUGGCAUGUUAUUAGUUCCAGAGUCCCCAAGAUAUCUGAUUGAAUGUGAGAGACAUGAAGAGGCCUGUGUCUCCAUCGCCAAGAUCAACAAGGUUUCACCAGAGGAUCCAUGGGUACUCAAACAGGCUGAUGAAAUCAACGCCGGUGUCCUUGCCCAAAGAGAACUAGGGGAAGCCUCAUGGAAAGAACUUUUCUCCGUCAAAACAAAAGUCCUUCAACGUUUGAUCACAGGUAUUCUUGUGCAAACCUUUUUGCAACUUACUGGUGAAAACUACUUCUUCUUCUACGGAACUACCAUUUUCAAAUCAGUUGGGCUUACUGAUGGGUUUGAGACUUCGAUCGUCCUAGGUACAGUGAAUUUCUUCUCCACUAUUAUUGCUGUUAUGGUCGUAGACAAAAUAGGCCGUCGUAAAUGUCUGUUAUUCGGAGCGGCUUCAAUGAUGGCUUGUAUGGUCAUAUUUGCAAGUAUCGGGGUAAAAUGUCUUUACCCUCAUGGCCAGGAUGGUCCAUCCUCGAAAGGUGCAGGUAAUGCCAUGAUUGUGUUCACAUGCUUCUAUAUAUUCUGCUUUGCAACGACAUGGGCCCCUGUUGCUUAUAUUGUGGUUGCCGAGUCAUUCCCUUCGAAGGUCAAAUCUAAAGCAAUGUCAAUUUCGACUGCAUUCAACUGGUUAUGGCAAUUCUUGAUUGGUUUUUUCACACCAUUCAUUACUGGGUCUAUCCACUUCUAUUAUGGUUAUGUGUUCGUAGGUUGUUUGGUUGCUAUGUUUUUGUACGUUUUCUUCUUUUUACCAGAAACAAUUGGUCUAUCUUUGGAGGAAAUCCAGUUACUAUAUGAAGAAGGUAUAAAACCAUGGAAAUCUGCAUCUUGGGUACCACCCUCAAGGAGAGGAGCUUCUUCCAGGGAAACUGAGGCUAAGAAGAAAAGCUGGAAAGAAGUUUUGAAGUUCCCAAAGAGUUUUAAUUGA